AUGCUUUCAUCUAUAACAACAGAAAAAAAUGCGCCAUAUUUACAGCAGUGGCAAAGUUCCGAGAAAAUGUCACGUUUCCUACCCAAAGUCCCAUGGACAGGUGCCGCGGGUGUGAGCCAGUCUUAUACUCAUUAUUUUCUUAUCUACAUUUUACUGCUCUUCAACCACAAUUUACAUGUGCUUGUAUCAUAUCAACGUAUUGAAUUUAAAUCUUUAUCAUAUGCAUCUGAUGAAUUAUUCAACACGGAUAAUACAAAUGUAUUUCAAACUGAAAUAAUCAUUCGUGGUAUUAAUAGAAUUGGUUUGCAACCAACCGAGAUUUGUUCGGAUGAUGAUGAUAUUGCAUAUUUUAAAUAUUUACAGAUUUGA